CAUUUAUUUCUCAGCGUGUGGAAUAUUGGUAUAUGUAAUUAGAAUGAGUUGAGAGUCAAUGAUUCAAUAUCUCACUAGUCACUAUCCGCAGAAGUAAAGAACAAGCUUACAGUAAAGACCAAGUGAGUGGCAUUUCAUAGUCGUUGCAUUGAUGAACUGAUAGACAUGCCGAUCAAGAAUAACACUGCUGGUUUAAUAAAAUGAUAGCUGUCACUUUUACACUUCAAUCUGAUAAAGUUCUACUCUAAGUGACUGCAAAAUCUUGUGGCUAUUAUCUCACCGAGAUAAGAGCAGAACCGCACAUUUUAUAAUAAAUUCUUAUAGUUAUACACUGAAAUAUCCUACAAGUUAUGCUCAGCCUUCGAAUAGUCUUAUAACAAGAAUGCAUCACUUACUUUCAUUGAGUAAAUCAUUAACAAUUCUGUUAUUAUUAGACUUAUUUGAGUCUAUGUAUUGUGAUUGGAACACUCUAUAAACCCAUGGGAGUCCUUCAGUAUAUUCCUAUUGAGCUAGUUUAGUCUGUUUAUUGGGGAGAAUAUGUGCAGUAGAGCUAUUCUUCUUUCUUAUGAGAAAUCACAAGUAUUGCAAUUCAGUGACAUUUAUUUCUCAGCGUGUGGAAUAUUGGUAUAAUUGGAAUGAGUUUAGACUUUCGAGUCGAUGAGUCGAUAUGUCACUAGUCACUAUCCGUGGAAGUUAAAGACCAAGUCAAUGGCUAGUUGUUGCAGUGACGAACUAGUAGACAUGCCAGUCAAGAAUAUCACUGUUGUUGAAUAAAAUGAUAGCUGUCAGUUUUACACUUCAAUUUGGUAAAGUUCUACACUAAGUGACAACAAAAUCUUGUGGUAUUAUCUCACCGAGGUAAGAGCAUGACGACGCAUUUUAUGAUGAAAUUCUUAUUAGUUAUACACUGAAAUGUCCUAAAAGUUUGCUCAGCCUUCAAAUAGUCUUAUUUACAAGAAUGGUUCACUUACUUUCAUUGAGUAAUCACUAACAAUUCUGUUACUAUUAGACUUAUUUGUAUCUGUGUAUGGUGAUUACAUAAAAACUCUUUUAACUUGCUAUAAGAACAAUCUUAUAAAGAUAAUGAUCCAAUUUCAAACUGCUAUUCUUGUAAGCUGGCAUUAUAAACCCAUGGAAGUUCUUUGGCUUAUUUCCUGUUGUGCUUGUUUACUCUGUUUACUGGGGAGAAUAUGUGCAGUGUCCCAUCGCAUCAGUCGAUCUCAAACUCUAAUUGAUGGCGAGAGCUUAGCUUCUGAAGAGGGAACUUUUGAACUUGGUUUCUUUAGUCCAGGCAGUUCAACACACCGGUACUUGGGCAUUUGGUAUAAGAAUAUUCCCAUCAGAACUGUUGUUUGGGUGGCAAACAGGAAAACCCCAAUUAAAGAUCGUACUGGAGUAUUCACGAUAAACAGCACAGGCAGUAUCGUGGUUACCAGUAGGACUAGUGCUGAUAUUUGGUCAACAAAUUCAUUCAAGGAUGCUAAAUCUCCUGCUUUACAGCUUUUAGAUUCAGGGGAUCUUAUCCUAAGAGAUGAGAAGGGCACUAACUCAGAUUUUUAUCUGUGGAAGAGCUUUGAUUACCCUUCUGAUACACUGUUACCUGGAAUGAAGCUUGGAUGGGAUUUACGAACGGGUCUUAAUCGACAACUCUCUUCGUGGAGGAACUCUGAUGAUCCCUCCCCUGGAGAAUUACGUAAUGGGAUAGAGCUUCAUGAAUUUCCCCAGGCAGUUAUAUGGAAGGCCACCAAGAAGUACUUCCGCAGUGGUCCAUGGAAUGGAGAACGAUUUAGUGGUGCUCCUUAAUUGAGGGUGGAUCCGGUAUUCAAUUACAGCUUUAUAUCUAACAAAGAUGAAGUGUACUACGCCUACCAGCUGAAAAACAAGUCUGUCAUUUCAAGGUUGGUUUUGAAUGAUACAAGCUCUUCUCGACAGCGGUAUGUGUGGGUGGAAGCUGAUCAAGCCUGGAAGCUCUAUGCAUCAGUGCCACGUGAUUAUUGCGACAUUUAUGACCUUUGUGGUGCGAAUGGAGUUUGUGUAAUCAGUGACUCACCUGUUUGUCAAUGCUUGGAAGGUUUUGAACCAAAAUCACCAGAUAGCUGGAACUUGAUGGACUGGUCGGAGGGAUGCAUUCUUAGCAAGCCAUUUAGCUGUCAGAAUAAGGAAGUUUUUUUCAAAUUCUCUGAGCUGAAACUGCCAAAUACCACCAAAUCUUGGGUAACUGGUACUAGGAAUCUUCAAGAGUGCAGGGAAGCAUGCUUCAAAAAUUGUUCGUGUAUGGCUUACUCAAACUCAGAUGUUAGAGGACAAGGAAGUGGAUGUCUCCUAUGGUUCCACGAUCUGCUAGAUAUUCGGCAGGUUCCAAAUGGAGGCCAGGACCUGUAUAUACGAAUCGAAGCUUCAAAACAAGCUGGAAUACAUGUGGUUAAUGCAAUCUUAAUUAGUCUAAUCACCAUGGCUGUUCUUUUUGGGUUGGUUCUCCUCUGCUACUAUCUUUCUUGGAGGAAUACGAAGGCCAGAGGAUCCUAUUCCAAAAAAUUGAACGAUAUUUUACCAACCACUGUUUUGGUAACAGGGAUAAGUGGACAAGUUGAUCGGACCAGUGAAGGCCCAAAAGAAGACCUAGAGCUACCCUUUUUUGACUUGGCAACAAUGGCUAAUGCUACUGAUAACUUUUCAUUAAACAACAAACUUGAGGAAGGAGGAUUUGGACCUGUUUACAAGUAGAUGGACAGGAAAUCGCUGUGAAGAGGCUUUCCAAGAGGUCUGGACAAGGAUUGAAUGAAUUCAAAAAUGAAGUGAAGCUGGUAGCAAAACUUCAGCAUCGAAAUCUCGUAAAGCUCGUUGGAAGUUGUAUUGAUGAUGAAGAGAAGAUGUUGAUCUACGAAUACAUGGCUAAUGGGAGCUUGGAUUCUUUUGUUUUUGGUUUGUACCUUCAGAGAAGAGUUCCUAUAUCUAUCGCGUUAGCCCUGAAUGAAAGUUUUAGUUAGAGAAUUGGACUAACUUAACUCUGAACUGCUAGAUCAAACAAGGCGUAAACAAUUGGGCUGGUCAAAGUUCUUCCAGAUCAUCGAUGGAAUUGCACGUGGGCUUCUCUACCUUCAUCAGGAUUCGAGAUUGCAAAUUAUGCACAGAGAUCUGAAAGCAAGUAAUGUGUUGCUUGAUGCUGAGCUGAACCUAAAGAUUUCCGACUCUGGUUUGGGAGAACCUUUCAAGGAGAUCAGUGCGGAGACAACACGGAAAGGGUUGUCGGAACUUUUGGCUAUAUGGCUCCGGAAUAUGCGCUGAUGUCUUCAGUUUCGGUAUGCUAAUGUUGGAAAUCAUAAUCGGAAAGAAGAAUAGACGCUUCCGUCAUCCACAUCAUCAUCACGGUCUUAUAGAAUAUGCAUGGAGAAUGUGGAUGGAAGGGACACCCCUCGCGUUAGUUGAUUCCUCGUUAGAGGACACACGAUCUUAUGUUUGAAAUAUCGCGGUGCAUUCAUGUUAGUCUGUUAUGUGUCCAGCAGAUCCCUGAAGACAGACCAAAUAUGUCGGUCGUGGUUCUGAUGUUGAAUGGAGAGAGUAUACUACCACAGCCAAGACAACCUGGUUUUCUGAAGUUACUUC